AUGGCUGAUGAGUGAAAAAAAUCAAAGAUCUCCUCCUCUCGACGCCUGGGGUUGAAGAUCAGACUGUUGGCAGUUGCAGCUCAGAUGCUGCAGGAGGAGACGGAGCAGAGGAUGAGGGAGAGAGAAACUGUUCUGGCAGAAAAACUUCCUCCUCUGAAUAUGGCUGGUCUGUCUUUGCAAGAUCUACAGGAUCUGUGCAAAGACAUGUACCAAAAGAUUGAUGUUGUGGACGAGGAGCGCUAUGACAUCGGCCUGAAGGUUUCCCAGAAUGGCAAGGAGAUUGAUAACAUGAACCUGAAGAUCAUUGAGAUCCAGAGUAAGUUCAAGAAACCGACCCUGAAGAGAGUGAAGAUCUCGGCUGAGGCCAUGCUGAGCGUCCUGCUGGGCUCCAAACACAAAGAGUCCAUCGACUUCAAGGCCAACCUGAAAACGGUCAAGAAGGAGGAGGAAAAGAAAGAGGAGGUGACUGACUGGCGUAAGAACGUGGAGGCCAUGUCGGGUAUGGAGGGCAGGAAGAAGCUGUUUAAUACAUCUGGAAACUAA